AUGACCUUGCACACGAUUUUGGCAAUCAUCAUCGAGAUGCCAAAGGAAUACACAGAAGCAGAGCGAGCCGUAAAAAAGGGACUCUCCUCAUUACGGAAAAUGAAACGAACACUGACGGAUUUGAGUCAUAUACGCAAGGAAGAAAAACCACGGGGUAGCACCCCAUUCUAUAUCAUUUUAUACGUACGUUUAGCUGUAAAGCCAGGCGAAAAAGCCAAAGAGGAAGCAAUGCAAUUGCUCCGUUCCGGAGCCAUUUCAUUAGAAAAUAAAAAAGAACGGCAAACAUUCAAACGGAAAGCCAAGCAUAAGACGCCUCAUCAGAAAGACAAACAAGCUUUGUAUGGUAACUUCUUACGAGGACCGAAACUUUAUCCGCAAUAUUCAUCCGAUCGCGAACACCGCUCCGGACAUUCGGAAGACACAAAGCCGUUUGAUUCUCCAGAUCUCAGUUCAACUACUGCUUUAUUAGAAACAGCAGCUUCUAAGCGAAAACAACAGUUAAUUGCUUUAUCCGAAGAAGAAUUAGAAGAUACUGAUGUGCCACAUACGACCGGGCCAGUUGAGCCGGGAGCACUGUCCAGUCCGGUAGUUUUCUAA